UUUAGCUAUUCUGUAAUGUUAUUUUUAUAUGCGGGUUGCCACUUUUGCCAGUCUGACACAGCUGUGGAGCGAACGAGAAAGAACGCAAAUUUUCAUAUUUUUCGUUUAAUGUCAAUUUGGUUUCACCAGUGUUCACCAUUAUUACAUACAGAUAGUAAUUGUAAACAAGAAAUAAACAAUUUAAUUGUAGUUCCUUAGACUGUAUUAGAUUCAAAGGCCAAACAUCAUAGUACGAAUCUGAAAGAAAAUUAUAGCAAGCUAUAGUAAAACAAGAAGGGGAGACAAGAACGCUGAUUAAUCAUAGCAGGCGGCGGUUUAUAUAAUGUUUAACCUGUUUUUACGAAGUGAUUAUUGAAAAAAAAUGGAGACUAGGACACCUUAUUUGAGGCUAUUACUUUGAUGGCGACACCACAGCGAAGCUGAUUCGGCAGCUACUUUGAUUUAACCUUCAUCAAACGCUGUUAAUUACAUGUUAAUGACUAAUUCUGUAGCAAGCCAGAGUUGUUCUGGUCUGAUGACAUUCAGCAGUUGAGUGUGUAGAAUAUUUUGUGUAGGUCGGACUCCAAAAUUUGAAGAAUGAAAAGAAUAAAGAGGAGAUUGUCGUUAACGCUGCGUGGGAGAGGGGUGGCAGACUCCCUUUCGGAACUCACAGAGACGCUGAGUAUCGACGAAAAUGGAACAAGGGAUGACAUACCUUGCUCGCAAGUGAACACGUUGCUUCAAGUUAAUGAUUCAGACAGAGGAAACAUGGCUGAAACCAUCAAUGGUCUCGACCGGCCCACCAAACACAAUCUAGGAAGUGUACCAGAAAUUUCUAGGAUAGGGUCGGAUGGUGAGAGCGACAGGGCCUCAGGUGCUUCCGAUGAAAUGGUUACACCGGUGAAAUUACGUCAGAAACCCAAGCCAAGGUUACAGCGACGGUUCAGCGAGGACAUCAGCAAGAGGUUGUCAUUGCCGGCAGAUAUGCAUCUUCCAGAAAAGUUUUUAGCAAAAUGUAGCUUUAGUCCUCCUGCCGAUAAACUGACCAGGAGGUCACGCAGGGCGUCGUUGUCUGAAAUAGGUUUUGGUAAAUUAGAGACAUACACUAAGUUGGAUAAGUUAGGUGAAGGCACAUAUGCUACAGUUUUCAAAGGCAAGAGCCGCUUAACAGAUAACUUAGUUGCACUAAAGGAGAUCCGGUUAGAGCAUGAAGAGGGUGCACCAUGUACAGCUAUUCGAGAAGUAUCUCUACUAAAAGGUCUGAAACAUGCCAAUAUCGUAACCUUGCAUGACAUUAUACAUACAGAAAAGUCGCUUACUUUAGUAUUUGAAUACCUGGAAAAAGAUCUCAAGCAGUAUAUGGAUGAUUGUGGAAAUAUUAUGAGUAUGAACAAUGUUAGGUUAUUUUUAUUCCAAUUACUACGUGGCUUGGCAUACUGCCAUAAACGUCAAGUGCUACAUCGGGACUUGAAGCCACAGAAUCUAUUGAUUAACGAAAAGGGGGAACUCAAAUUAGCAGAUUUUGGUUUAGCAAGGGCCAAAUCAGUACCAAGUAAAACAUAUUCCAAUGAGGUAGUCACCCUAUGGUACCGGCCGCCUGAUGUUCUUUUAGGAAGCACAGAGUAUAACCAAUCCAUUGACAUGUGGGGAGUCGGUUGUAUAUUCUACGAGAUGGCAGCAGGGCGCCCUCUAUUUCCAGGUUCUACAGUUGAAGAUCAACUACACCUUAUAUGGAAAGUUCUAGGAACACCAAACGACAAAACGUGGCCUAGUAUUACAUCCAAUGAAGAUUUUAUGUCAUAUAAAUUCCCAGUAUACCGAGCAGAGCCACUCAUUAAUAUUGCCCCGAGGCUUGACACCACUGGAUUAGAACUACUUGGGAAACUUUUAAAAUAUGAAGGCAAGAAUCGGUUAUCAGCCUUUGAAGCAACCAAACAGCUAUUUUUCAAGCCUCUCGGGCCUAAGGCUCAUUACCUUAAAGACACGCAAUCAUUGUUUGAUUUAGAAGAAUGUAAACUCACCAAAGAUCCUGGUAUUCGAUCAUCGUCAGUACUUGGAGUAGGCAAAAUUGAAGAAGAAUCUGAGUCAAAUAACACAUCAACCAGUCUCAUGAUAAGCUAGGGCUUGGGAACAAAACAAGGCGACAGAGUAUGCUGUUCUAAGCAUCAUCAGAAGCCACAAGUUAACCAGUAUAGUGGAGAGAUUGCUGUACCACUGGGGACCACAUUAAAAAUCAAUGAAGCAACCAACAAUCCUCCCACAGAUGAAUAAAUAAAAAUCUAAAUAUAUAAUAAUUCUGUGUUUUCUUGUCGUUGGCGAACUUUUAUUUGUCGCCAUGCUCGUUGUCAGCAGUUGUUGAGCAGUUAGCCACUACUUAUCGUCUUGCGUGAUGUUUGUGUGUUCAGAGACAUUGAAACCUUCUGCUUGUGGAAUGAAGUAGUCAUAAGUGGAUGAUCACCUUAGAAAACAUUAAAUCCUAGAUGUCUACCUAUCAGACAAUAGUACUAGUAGUUUAACCUUUAACCCUGCAAAUUAUUAAAGUGGCAUUGUCACUAGUCCUAGAAUUUAUCUUUCUGUAAUUGUCAAAAAUGUAAACAUUCUUAUUUUGCAUUCUGUGAUUGGCUACGGUAAAGUGCUUAGCCUCAAUUACAGACUUUUGAUGGUAAAUAUCAACUGUUUGAAUGAUGAAAUGCUUGAUAAUGCCACUUUAAAUUCCAUAAUAAAUAUAUUUGUGUGUUGAUCUACAGGAUAUAUUAUAACUUGCUUUGUUAUUAAACUGUUCGAUAUUGUAGAUGUCAUAUAGGAAAAUGCAGGAGGUUAAACUUAUUCAUUUUUAUUUUCAUCUCCUCUUUGUAUAAAGCUGAAAUGGAGUAAUCAUUACAAAUUGUAUUCCUUAGUAUUGUCUUCAAUUACGAUGAUUUAUAUUAAUUCAAUUAUUUAUGAAUUACCCUGUAAUCUAUCAUGAUUCCAUUUUAAUUUUUUUAUAAUAAAAAACAAACUUUCAAGCAGAAAAAAUACUUGUACUUGAACCAUUUACAAAAAGAUUUAACAGCAAAGAACAAUAAUGUAUUGUCAUUGUGCUCAAAAGACAACUAAAGUAUUUAGUGCAAGUAGAAAUGCUCUAAACCUUGUCAUCUCUUCCCCACCCCUAUCUUGGCAUGGCUUUGAGGGUCAAGCCUUUAGUUUGUAGUUGUAUCUAGCACUAAUUUGAUUCAGUAUGUAUGAUUGUAUUGUAUUAACCAAAUAAAUAAUGUA